UUUGUCGUCUGCCGCUGUUAAAAACCACCGAAGAAGAAGGAAGUAACGGCGAUGAAAACAAAACGACGCUCUCAAAAUACACCUUCUUAACUCAGCAUUUUUUUUAAUUCGCUUUACUAGAAACUAAAAUAACACAUCUAAACGCACACGUAGAUCGUUAAAACUGGCCAAACUCGUCUCCUAUUUAACGACAUAUCUUAAAUAUUAGCUAGCCACCUUAGCUUAGCUGCCACUCGUAUUUUGUUAUUAUUAUUGUUUUCAUUUUUUUUUUUUUUUUUUUGGACGUAGCUUUAGUCUCCGAGUGACUGCAGCAGCUGUGAUUUUUUUUGAAUUUGAAAUUCACAACUUGGGAGUUAUUUUAAAACGAUGUCGGAUGAUUAUGAAUUCAGCGACGACGCGACCAUGAUGCGAAUGGAGGAGGAUGGGGAGGCGAACAGCGACGACCCGAUGUCGGCGGCCGGGGACUGUGGCCUGAUGGGGGGCGAGGCCGAGGGCUCCAGGAUCGACGCCAGUAAAAACGAGGAGGAUGAGGGGAAGAUGUUUGUCGGGGGGCUCAGCUGGGACACGACUAAGAAGGACCUGAAGGAUUAUUUUUCAAAGUUUGGGGAGGUCGUCGACUGCACGUUAAAGCUGGAUCCCAUGACCGGACGUUCCAGGGGCUUCGGCUUCGUGCUCUUCAAAGAAGCCGAGAGCGUCGAUAAGGUCGCCUCGCAGAAGGAACACAAACUCAAUGGGAAGGUCAUCGACCCCAAAAAAGCCAAGGCCAUGAAGAGCAAGGAGCCCGUGAAGAAGAUCUUCGUGGGCGGCCUCUCUCCAGACACUCCCGAGGAGAAAGUCAGGGAGUACUUCGAUGCUUUCGGAGAGGUGGAGUCGAUUGAACUUCCCAUGGAGAACAAAACAAACAAGAGGCGAGGUUUUUGCUUCAUCACGUUCAAAGAAGAGGAGCCAGUGAAGAAAAUCAUGGAGAAGAAGUAUCAUAAUAUCGGACUUAGCAAGUGUGAAAUAAAAGUGGCGAUGUCCAAGGAGCAGUACCAGCAGCAGCAGUACUGGGGAGGCAGAGGGGGCUACUCGUCCAGGUCUCGAGGACGAGGCGGUGGCCCCAGUCAGAACUGGAACCAGGGUUACGGCAACUACUGGAAUCAAGGCUACGGGAAUUAUGGGAAUUAUGGUUACGGUAAUCAAGGAUAUGGAGGCUAUGGUGGCUAUGAUUACCCAGCUUACAACAACUAUUACGGCUAUGGUGACUACAACGAUCAGUCGGGCGGAUACGGAAAGUCUCCGCGACGUGGUGGUCACACCAACAGUUACAAGCCGUAUUAAAGGCGAGACGCUCGUCCUCACGUAGGUUUCAGAGCGACGAGGAGCGACGCCGCCGGAGCGUCGACCCCAGAGAUGAUGGUAGCUGAUUGUUAGACAAUAAAUGAAGACGAACCUACAGAACGCUUAUAUCUAUACGCACCACAGUGUUUCAGUGCUUAUUCAGACUGUGGCGACCGUUUAAUCAUUUCCUCAUCCCCCCCUUCUUCUUCUUCUUCUUUUCUAUUUAAUGUUCUCAACUGAUUCUUGUGAGUUGUUUAUUCCAUAAUUCAAAUGUAAUAUUGGUUUAAACUCAUCAUACACACAUAUGCACACAUACAGAAUAUAUAUAUAUAUAUGUGUAUAUAUAUAUAUAUAAACAGUACUGUGGUAGCAAAGAUACAAAACCAUGCGUUGUAAUUAUCCUCUUUAUCAUCAGUCAUAUGAUACAUAUACAGUAUAUACACAGUGUAUUAAAAUAAAAACAAUAAACGCUCAUUUGCGUUUCCAUUAA